CCGGCCCCGCCGGGGGCGGGGUGUGAGGGGGCAGGCCCGGGCCCAGGCGGCGCGGACACGGGUCACUUUGCCUCUGGGUAAACAGCCCGAGUGUAAAGAAGCUCCUCGCUCUGUGUGCCCCAAGCCGCUCCCGGUGGGAAAGGCGUGAACCCGGGUGGCAAGACCCCGCUAUGUGUAACGUGGUUUGGGAAAUCUGAGAAGUCACCCAAGUCUUUUUUUCCACCAAAUGCUCGUGUAUGGAGUGUCGUGUAGGUAUUCGGAAUGUGGUCUUAUUGUAACGAUGAGUGUGGUAGAAAUAAAUGGAAGGUGGCAACCUGUUGGCAGUGAUACCUGUCAAGUAUCUUCAGCACUUGGGUUGCUCGCGGUAGGAAUUUUGUUUACCUUUUGCAUGUAUGCAUGUACUUUUUUACUCGAUGCACGCCAAUCCAGUCUAGGGCUGUUGACUGAGAGGCCAACCACUAGGGGAGGAUACUCUGUUUCCUGGCUGCAGACUGGAUUCCCCAGUCUUGGGGCCUCAGGCUGACCCACCUCAGGCAGUCUGUCACUCAUCAAAAGGAGCCAGUGACCAGUUGGUGCUGCUGCCUGUGAGUACAGGAUGUGAGGUCCCUUGGAGGAUGACAGAAGAAAUGGAUGAGGUCAUACUGCUGUGGAAUUGAGGGGGGAGGCUGCAGUAUGAGAGGCUUGACCUAAAGGCAGCAGCCACAGCACGAGACCAUCACAACAGUGCCUCAAUGUCAGCCCAGCAAGUGGACUCCAGUGAAGGAUGCUGUCCAAGUGUAUUGGUUUUAUCCCUGUGUCAGGGAUCCAGGGCACCCUGAUAGGAGUUUGCUGCUGGCUCACAGUCCAGUUGGCAAGCAAGUCUUGCAUUCAUGUGUUAAGUCCACUGAAACAGUAGUGAGGCCAGUGGGCCAUAGAACCACCUUUUGAGCCAGGCACUGUUUGGGGAACACGUCUAAGGGGGUAUUUUGUAAUUUUGUGGCCUUGGGGCAGGAAAUAUGAUUCUGACUGGUUUGCUUAGUCUUAGCCUUUCAUCAUAGUAGCCACCUCUCCUCUGGUGAUCUUAUCCAGCCUCCUGGCUUUGGCCACCUCUUCUUGACUUCUCCAUCUUGUCCAUCUCCAGCCCAGUGGAGCCUCUGAGCUGCCACUCUUUCUUGUCUUAGUGUGUUACUUCAAUAUUAAGCCAUAUCCAACCAAACCCUGAUCGUCACCUAUCCCAGAACCCUCCUAGUGCUGUCUUUACCACCUCAGUUUGAUAGCUCUGUCCUUCAGUUUGGAGUUCCCUGAAUUUCUCUCUUAGGUCAUCACAUGGCCCUCAGGACCACAUCUCACCACCUCUAACUUAAUGUCUUGAUCCAAGACUCUUAAUUCUUCUCCUUGCUCUCACCCAUGCCUCUCAUCUAAUUUUUUUUCUGGAGCAGAGGGAUUCUUUUAAACUGCAAGACAGUGUAAGACCAGGGCAGUACAGACUGGAGCCAGCUUGACUGGACGGUAAAGCAGCUCCACCACUUUUUAACUGUGACCUUGAGAAAGUUGCUUAACAUUUCUCUCAGUGCUGUGUGAUAACUAGUGGGUGAAAAUGCAUGAAACUCCUAGAAUAGAACCUGACUGAGGGUUGAAUCCCAUUCUUUUUCUUUUCUUUUUUUUAAGAUUUUUAUUUAUUUAUGCACAUGGAGGCCAGAGGUGGGGGAGGGUUGUGUGUGAGAGGAUUCACCAAAGACAAAGUAGGAAGCAGAACAGGUGGAUCUACUGAAAUACACUGCUGAGGGGAGCAGUGGGCAAGACAGGACAGCUGACCCACCAUGUGGGUCAGCUCCCUGGCUGGAGAUCGAACCAUGCCUCAGUGGGCUGUGAAUAGCUUGAUAGCGCUGAAACUUUAACCCCUGUGCCACCACGGAUUCCCAGAAUGCCAUUCUUGUCUUUGGAUCAUGUGACCUCAUUGAUUAGCCCCUCCUCUCCAGUGUUCCAUCUCUUUGAGUAGAAGACCAAAGUUUCUUACCUGUCAUACCAACUCCUACCCUAGUGCCUUUGUUCUUUUCAGUGUUGUCUGGGAUGCCCACCCAGCACUCCUCUGCCUUCAAAUGGACAUUGACUGUGAGAUCUUCACUGGCCUUUCAGAAAUGCUUCCUUUUGCCCAACUCUUUGCUUUGUUAUCUCUCUCUUUUUAUUUUUAUGAUUUAUUUAUUUAUGCAUACAAGAACUGGGGUAUUGGCCAGAGGGGUGUGUGUGGGGGGGCAUAAGAGGAUUCACCAGAGACAGAAUGGGGAACAGAACAGGCAUAUUGACUGAAAUACACUGCUGAGGGGAGCAGUGCUGAGCGAGACAGGAGAAGUCUGCUGCGCCAUGUGAGUCACCUCCUUGGGCAGGGAUUGAACUCGUGCUGCAGUGGCUGCGUGUAGCUUCAUAGUGCUGCGUCUUAACCCCUUGUACCACCAGGGAGGCCCUGUUUUCUCUUUACUCUUCUCAUUGGAUAACACAGCACAUGCUGCCUCCUAAGGCUGAGCGCUUUCCCUGGACUCCCAAGGAGAAUAUUCUCUCUGACCACUUCACCUCUUCAAGGCCUCCAGUAUCAUCAUCUUGCUUUGUGCUUCUGUGUUGGCUCUAGCUUAGCCUUUUUUAUAAGGUAGCAGGUGCCCCCACCCUGUACCACCGUUUGUCUCAACCCCUCCUUUUUCUGUCUUCUUCACUUUAGUUCAUUCAGCCUCCAGAAUCAUGCAGAUUAACUCUUGCUGAGGUUUCCUCAGACCUUCCUGGUCCUGAGGGAUUGGUCCUCUGUAGCAAUGGAUGUGCUGACUUGUAGCAAUGGUCCUCUGUAGCAAUGGAUGUGCUGACUUGUCUGUCCUUUAAAAGAAUCCUUAUUGGUUGCCAGGAGACUGGCAUAGUGUUCCUUAUGCUUGUCUGACUGUAGCCUCCUUAGAGUUUAUAGCAGUUCUGAGUCAAUCAUUAUCUAUAUGCUGUAUUUCCUUGAUCCUAAGCACCUUCAAGGGACAUACCUUUGGAGGAGGUAUUGUGUUAAAUUCAGAAAUACAAGGACGGCAUAGAAUCUAGGAAGUAGAAAGACAGCGCAGUGGUCACUGCCCUUUACCAGCUCUGUCCAUAUGGUGGGGGACCUUGUUUCUUGAUGGUAGCGCCUUCCAUAAAGUAUUUGGUCAAUAUUUGUUGAAUGAAUGAAUGAAAUCUAAAGUCACUGUGUCCUCUUCAAAGUGCAGCCACCGUGCUCUAUCCCUUCACUGUAAACACCAUAAACUUAUUUUUUUUAAAGAUUUACUUAUUUUAUGCAUACAAUAACUGGGGUACAGGCCAGAGAUGUGGGGGGUGAGAUGAUUCAUCAGAGACAGAGUGGGGAACAAAACAGGCGGACUAACUGAAAUACACUGCUAAGGGGAGCAGCAGGCGAGUCAGGAGGGGUCUGCUGUGGGUAGCUCCUUGGCUGGGGAUCAAACUCUUGCUGCAGUGGCUGUGGAUAAGUUCAUAGGUUGCGUCUUAACCCCUUGCACCACCAUGGAGGGCCCAUAAACUUCUUAAAUAUGUAGCGAUUUGUUCUGUCCAUGCACUUAGGCUGCUCCAUGCAGAUGUAUCUGCCUCUGUAUGUGGCAUGUUCACACACGUGUAUCUGUGUAUGUGCAUGUGCUUCUGCUCCAGUGCCAGGCCCUCUGCAUACCUCAGGGUUUUUUGAUUGCCCCUCUGUCCUACCUUUUUAGCUUCAUGCCAUCUGUUUGUCAUCCUCCCUUUGGCGUGAAGCUUUCCAGAUUUGUGUUCUCAACCUUCUUCUUGGUUUGUGUUCUCUCUGGGUGACUUCUCUCCUGUGGCUUUGGUAACUGACACCUCCCUCAUGUAUUCUGGCCCUCUAUAUCUCGGCCAGUCACACCACCAGAACUGUGGCUGCAGCCUGUUGGACAGACCUGCCUGGAGGUGUCAUUCAUUCUUCUCUGUGGGCUUCUACCUAAAUUCUAGGAUAUGUGUGUCUUUCCAGAGGAAGAACCUCAUCUGCCUUCAGUUCCCUCUUGUCUCUGCUCUCCACCUCUACCCGUCAGCAACUCAGUCAAUUCUGUGUCAGUGUUCUUUGGAGCUCCAACUUCCCUCACCAGGACCUCAUUUAUACCUUUGUCCUCUGGUCUUGAGGGCUGCCCCAUAUGCCUCUAGCAGAGGCACUCUUCGUGGCACAGCUGUCGAGUCUCUUUUUCAAAGAGGGACUAAGUUGUGGCACAAGAGUUCCCCUAUCUCGAUGGCCCCUAAUUGCCCCCAGGAUGUGCCUUGAUUCCAACUCUCUCCUAUGGGACUCCCUCCCAAAACUCUGGCAGUCUCCUUUCCCCACUGCCCCUCUACUGGGAACAGAACCAUGCCACCUCUGGUGACGUCAGAAUGCUCCAUCACUGUCCUGUCCACGUGCCACCUUGUAGGGCCCAGGAGAGCCCUGGUUUCCAUGGGUAGAAGAGCGCCUGGCCGUACCUCUGAGGCUCUAGUGCUGCAGAGUUGAGCUGAGGGUCUCGCGCUCGCCCUCUGACUGACCCAGCUGUAGCAGGUGAGUGGAUCAUUGUUGCACUGAUGGCUGGAGUGAGGCCACACACCUUAUGUAUGUUCUGGAAAGGGCAGCCUUAUACUGUGUGCUCGCUUACCUAAUAAACUGAGUUAGGGGAAUGAUGUGGUAAAGUUUAGUAUAGUUUUUUUUCCUAGUCAUUUUUGAGCCUUAAGAUAAUGUUUUUUUCUUCUGAAGUGAGAAUUACAGUGGACAGUUAAUAAAAUAUUUAACUUUGGCCUUAAAUUAUAAUUUAGGUUCUGAAGAAAAAAAGUAAAGUUAGUUUGCUUUGAAGCCUAGAUGGUUCUUGUUGGCAGCAUUAUUUCAAGUUCUUACUACACUGUUAAUAAUCCUCUUGGUACCAGAGAAGCACAAGGUUUCUGUCAUUUUGUGAUGGUGUUUUUAAAUCUCUUUGCAGGUGAAAGAAGAAAAGUGCCACUUUGGCAUGAAGACAGACUCGCUUAGUCGUCAGUCAUUUAAGCUGAGUGCAUUGUGAUUUCCAAUAAUUGAGGCAGUGGUUCUAAAAGCUGUCUACAUUAAUGAAAAGAGCAAUGUGGCCAGCUUGACUAAGCCGCCAGCGUGUGCAGCGCGGGCAGGACGGCACCUGGGUUUCGACGGACUUGUGCAUGUUAGCUGUAUAGAUUUAUGUAAGGUUUUUAAAACUCUGGUCUUUUAAAAUAGUCUUAACUACUUUUGCUAUGGAGACAUAUGAGAGUCCCUCUCCUAUCCCGCGUGAGACCGCAGGAGAAGCGGUGAUGGAGAACCGAGCGUGCCCCCUCCAAGCGCUGCCCCGUGAACAGUCUCCACCACCUCCCCUGCAAACGUCCAGUGAUGCAGAGGUAAUGGACGUUGGCUCUGGUGGUGAUGGACAGGCCGAACCCCCUGCUGAGGACCCACUCAACUUCUUCGGAGCUUCUCUUCUCUCCAAAGGAUCCUUCUCUAAGGCCCGUCUCCUCAUAGAUCCGAACUGUAGUGGCCACAGCCCGCGCACCGCCCGGCACGCACCUGCGGUCCGGAAGUUCUCCCCUGACCUUAAGUUGCUUAAGGAUGUAAAAAUUAGCGUGAGCUUUACCGAGAGCUGCAGGAGUAAGGACAGGAAGGUGCUGUACACAGGAGUGGAGCGUGACACUCGCACAGAGUGCAGUCUGGCCCUUAGCCCUGUCAGUGGAGACGUGCAUGCUUGUCCCUUUGGCGGGAGUGUUGGUAAUGGGGUAGGUGUAGGGGGUGAGAGUGCUGAUAAGAAGGAUGAGGAGAAUGAGCUGGAUCAGGAAAAGAGAGUGGAGUAUGCAGUGCUCGAUGAGUUAGAAGAUUUUACUGACAAUUUGGAGCUAGAUGAAGAAGGAACAGGCGGGUUCACGGCUAAAGCAAUCGUGCAAAGAGACAGAGUGGAUGAAGAAGCCUUGAAUUUCUCCUAUGAGGAUGAAUUUGACAACGAUGUUGAUGCUCUGCUGGAAGAGGGACUUUGCGCUCCCAAAAAGAGACGAAUGGAGGAGAAAUAUGGAGGGGACAGUGACCACCCAUCUGAUGGAGAAACAAGUGUGCAGCCAAUGAUGACCAAGAUUAAAACAGUGCUCAAAAGUCGUGGCCGCCCACCUACAGAACCGUUACCCGAUGGGUGGAUCAUGACAUUCCAUAAUUCUGGAGUUCCUGUGUACCUACACAGAGAGUCUCGAGUGGUCACCUGGUCCAGGCCGUACUUCUUAGGAACAGGAAGCAUACGGAAACAUGAUCCUCCUCUGAGUAGCAUCCCCUGCUUGCAUUACAAGAAAAUGAAGGAUAAUGAGGAAAGAGAGCAAAAUAGUGAGCUCCCCCCCAGUGGGGAGGUGUCCCCUGUCAAGCCCCUGAGCCGAUCUGCAGAGCUGGAGUUUCCACUGGAAGAGCCUGACUCCAUGGGGCCUGACUCGGGACCUCCAGAUGAGAAGGACUCUCUGGGGGCUGAUGUUACCCCAGGAGCCCUGGGACAGGUGAAGGCCAAGGUUGAGGUGUGCAAAGAUGAAUCGGUGGAUCUUGAGGAAUUUCGGAACUACUUGGAGAAGCGUUUUGACUUUGAGCAAGUUACUGUGAAGAAAUUUAGGACCUGGGCUGAGAGGCGGCAGUUCAACCGUGAAAUGAAACGGAAACAGGCUGAGUCAGAGAGGCCCAUUCUGCCAGCCAACCAGAAACUUAUCACAUUAUCUGUGCAAGAUGCACCCACAAAGAAAGAGUUUGUCAUUAACCCCAAUGGGAAAUCCGAGGUCUGCAUCCUGCACGAGUACAUGCAGCGUGUCCUCAAGGUCCGCCCUGUUUAUAAUUUCUUUGAAUGUGCCCGAGCCACGCUGGAAAUCCUUAUCCCUGACUUUGUUAAACAGACCUCUGAGGAAAAACCCAAAGACAGUGAAGAGCUGGAGUAUUUUAACCACAUAAGUAUCGAGGACUCACGGGUCUACGAGCUGACCAGCAAGGCUGGACUGUUGUCUCCCUAUCAGAUCCUUCACGAGUGCCUUAAAAGAAACCAUGGAAUGGGUGACACAUCUAUAAAGUUUGAAGUGGUUCCUGGUAAAAACCAGAAGAGUGAAUAUGUCAUGGCUUGCGGCAAACACACAGUGCGAGGCUGGUGUAAGAAUAAGAGAGUUGGGAAACAGUUAGCUUCUCAGAAAAUCCUUCAGCUACUACACCCACAUGUCAAGAACUGGGGAUCUUUAUUGCGCAUGUAUGGCCGGGAAAGCAGCAAGAUGGUCAAACAGGAGACUUCAGACAAGAGUGUGAUUGAGCUGCAGCAGUAUGCAAAGAAGAACAAGCCCAACCUGCAUAUUCUGAGCAAGCUACAGGAGGAGAUGAAGAGGCUAGCUGAGGAGCGGGAGGAGACUCGAAAGAAGCCGAAGAUGUCUAUUGUAGCAUCUGCCCAGCCUGGUGGCGAGCCCUUGUGCACUGUGGACGUGUGAGGGGAACAGUGGGGCUGGGUGCUGCCUGGGAGACCACUACACCACUCAGUGCAGUCUUGGGCCUCCCGUCUUGGUUCCUCCUCUGUGGCCCUGUGUCUGAGGUUGGGCCAGGCGGGUGGGACUCCGGUGCACAGGAACAACCAGGACCAUUCAGCUCUUCCUGGGGGGG